AGCCUCUUUUAAGAUUUUUUUCAUCAUUUAACAGAUCCAACGUGAGUCAGCUGGUCACUCUUCACUUUGACUCAAAACCAAUUUCUGUUCUCUGUCACGUGGGAGAUUUUGGAUGUGGAGAAGGAGGAUGGACACCAGUCAUGAAGAUUGACGGAAACAAGUCAACCUUCCACAACAAUUCCCCGCACUGGACCGACAAGAAGGAUUUUAACCUUCCAGGAGGCAAGACUGGGUUUGACUUACAAGAGACCAAGUUACCGACCUACUGGAACACACCCUUCUCCAAGAUCUGUCUCGGUAUGAAGAUCGGCCAACAGACCAAGUUCAUCGUCAUCAACAAGCCAGCCAACUCUCUGUACUCACUGAUCGCUGACGGGAAGUACCGCCCCACCUCACUGGGUCGUAACAAGUGGAAGAAGCUGAUUGGUUCACAGGCCUCCUUACAGCGCAACUGUAACAAGGAAGGGUUCAAUGCCGUGUGCAACAGUUAUCGUAGGGCGAGAAUUGGCAUUCUUAGUAACAACGAGAACGCGUGCACCACCUGUGACUCGAGAAUCGGGUUCGGUAUAGGAUCACCUAAACAAAUCAUUUGUGGAAACGUGGCAAUGCAUGGCGGUGAUAAUGGAGACAAACACAUCAAAGCCAUGGGAUACAUUCUAGUUCAGUGAUAAGAACUUUGUAAGAUGCCGUCCUGUCAAACAAGCUUUUAACGGCUCAGUAGAUUAGCAUCGAUACGCUUUGUACUGUAGAACAAAUAAAAAGUGGUGAUGGCAAAAAAAAUAGAUGUUCCUUCUUUUUACUAAUGCUGGGGCGCUCGGAUUUAUAUG